CUCCCCUCUUCUGGCUCCGAACCUCAGGGCGACCUUGUGGGUUAUGUUGUGCGUAAAAGUCGAAUCGUUAUCUUAAAUGAAAGUGUGGAGUUAGUUAGUUUUUGCUUCAUCCGACGUUAAUGUCAUGGCUUCGUUUCUCAAAACUGCUGUUGGCGGGUUGGGUUUGAUGUGCAGAGUUCACGGACACCAACAAGGUCUUUGUCACAAUCACUUCAAAGUCUUAAUUGCUGGGAUAAAGACCCUUGAAGUACCUCCAGACUUCAGUGAUGUGGUGCUGCCAGAGAAACCAAAGCUGAAGUUUGUGGAGAGGUCCCCCAACUUAGUAAAACCCAAGAGAGAGAUGAAAAAUCUGCGGGAUAUACAAGGAGUGGAUACAGAAGCAAAUUUCUUCACCACAGGGAAGUUUGCCAUUAUUGCUAUGGAAGGGGGUUACCUUCACUGGGGUCACUUUGAGAUGAUGCGACUAACCAUCAACCGCAAAAUAGAUACUCGGACUACGUUUGCCCAGUGGCGCGUCAAUGCCCCUUAUAAACCUAUCACACGUAAAAGCUUGGGACAGCGCAUGGGUGGAGGCAAAGGAGAAAUCGACCACUAUGUGACGCCUGUCCGCUAUGGUCGUUUUAUUGUGGAACUGGGAGGAAAGGUGGAGUUGGAGGAGAUUGAAUAUGUCUUAAAACAAGUGGCAAAGAAGCUACCAUUCCGUGCUAAGGUGGUGAGCAGAGAGUCUUUGGCAGCCAUGCACCAGGAACAGGCUGAAAUGGAACAAAACAACCAGAAUCCUUGGACUUUCAAAGAGAUAGCACGUGGCAACAUGCUGGGCAUCAGAAAGGUCAUCAGCCCCUUUGACUUGUUCCAUCAUGGACGCUUUACUGGGAAAUUCCACAAUCCAGGGAGGGUGUGAUGGACAUGAAGUUCAGUGGUCAAUACAUUGUUAUAGUGUGAUUUCCGCACCAUCCAGUAAAUACCAACAAUUGUCAAAUUCUUUAAGUAACAGGAGUGGAGGGAGUGUUUGUCCAUUAUUUUCAGGUAAACAUUUUCAGGUAAACAUCACUUGGGAAAAGGCUCAUUUUAAUUUUCUGUUUGGAGGAAGGAUGUGUUCAGUUGUGACAUUGCUGAAUUUGAAAGUCUUUGGUGGUUUUUUUUUAAUAUCUAUGCCACAAAUCACAGCAAAUUGAUGGAGCAUAUUGACAUGGACAGCUGGCACAGAGAGUGCCUUUAUGCAGCCCGUGAAGUGUUAAUUUCUAAUUUUGUUAACAAUAUUGAUUUGCAGUCACACAAUGAAUCUUAAAUUCAUGGGGUUUAUAAAAAAGUGUUUUACAAAUGUUUCUUUUACAAAACUGCAUCAGUUUACACAUUGAUCAUCAUGAAAACAUCAACCUGGAAAAUAUGCACAUUUCCUUAAAUAAAUGCAUUUACAAA